GCUGGAAAGGCAUCAACUCCAACCUCCCUCACUGAGCAAGAACAGCAGAUGAACAAGGUGGAUAAACUGACCCUUCAGCUACAGAUGAUGACCAAUGAAAGGAAUGAACUCUCUAUAAUCCUGGCCAAUUUCACCAACAAUGAUUUGAACAACAGGCUGAAUUUUGAGCUGGAGAUGCUGAAUAUGGAGCAUAAAAAAGUGAUGUUGGACCUGGAGAAAUUCCCUAAAGAGAUUAGUGAGGCCUUGAACAAGUGCAAGGAGUUGACCCAGGAAACUCUCUCCUGCAGCAUCCUUCACAGCCAGCUCCUGAGUGAGUGGACUCAUCUGAAGGAAAAAGUGAGCAUCUUGAGAGAGGAGAACCGAAAGCUGAGGGGGGAGCAGAUUUCACUACAAGAGUCCUGUGAGGAGCUGAGGAGGUUCUGUGGGGAGGCCCAUGAGAAGAUCUAUGACCUCUGGGCCAAGGAAAAGCAGGUAGGCUGAGGUAUUGUGUGCAGGCUGCCCACCAUCUUUAAUCAUACAGAUGUGUAUCCACAUGCAAACACACACACACACAC